AUGAAAACUGUAAGCUAUCCGCAGUCGAAUUGUUUUUUUCGGUCGUCACUUUUUUGGCAUAUUAUUUUGUUUGUUGGUUUACUAUUGUCGCUUACCAACAUAUUGCAGACUACAGACAUCACUACUGAAACUCCGUCAUACCCCUGGAACAUUUACAAAAAUGUCACCAUGUCCACCGUUGAAAUAAUCAAGAAAAAUGGAUACGCAGCCGAGACCCAUCAUGUCAUCACGGAGGACGGUUACAUUCUAGAAUUGCACCGAAUUCCUUGUAGCAAAAACGGACAGAAACCAACCAAAAACCAUCCUGUAUUCUUCCAUCACGCCUUUCUCUCGAGUUCGGCUGGAUGGGUGCUCGGCGGGGCCAACACAUCUCUGACUAUGCAAUUAGCCGACGAUGGAUACGACGUGUGGUUGGCAAACAGCCGUGGUAACACUUAUAGUAGAAAACACGUAUCAUUGAACUACAAGCAAAAGGCUUAUUGGAAUUUCAGUUUACACGAAAUCGGAACAUACGAUUUGCCGGCUGCGUUUGACUAUAUCCUGAUGAAGACAAACACCUCGCAACUCCACUACAUAGGUUAUUCAAUGGGUACUACUGUGUUUUUCAUUAUGGCUGCAGAAAGACCUGAAUAUCAGUCCAAAAUCCGAUCGCAAAUAAGUCUCGCACCGGUAGCGUAUUUCUCUCAUACGAGGUCACCGAUAAAAUACAUUGCUCCAUACGCGAAAAUGAUGAACAUUGCUUACCAAAGAAUAUCGAACGGAAUGGUUAUGCCGCAGACGACGAUGAAAAUGAUUUUCGCGUCAACCAUUUGUGGAGGGAAAAUGACGCAAAAACUGAUAUGCCAAAGGGGAAUCAUCUUUUUCAUUUGUGGCAGUGACCCACAACACUUUAAUACCAAAUUAAUUCCGCUGAUCAUGGGACACUAUCCGUCGGGAACGUCGUCUAUGGUUCCCGAACAUUUCGCGCAGAUCAAAUUAAAAGACGUUUUCGGUCGGUACGAUUACGGUCCGGUCAUCAACUUGGAACGAUACAACUCUACCGAGCCUCCCGCGUACGAUCUGACAUCAAUCCGGGUGCCUAUCACAUUGAUGUAUGGUAAAAACGACUUAGUGGCUGACGUCCGGGACGUGAUGAGACUGAAAUCGCAACUCCCCAGACUGAUAGACGCCGUGAUGAUCGACAACCCGUACUGUAACCACGUGGAUUUUUUAUGGAGCUUGAAAGUCAACGAACACGUAAACGAUCCGAUCAGGGAAACGCUGCGUAAGACCGACGAUGUGAACUGGAAGUACUCAGCGCCAAAUCCUCCGAAAUCAAAGGACGUACUCAGUGUCGGUGGCAAUGUUAGCGAUGGCUCUAUCGGCGGCAGUGGAUAUAUCAAUAUUAGUGAUAGCGCAAGUGAUGUCGGUGUCGAUGGUUUUGUCAAUAUCAGUGUUAGUGGAAAUGUCAACAUCACUGACAGCGGACAUUUAAAUAUCAGUAACAGUGCAGACGAUGACAGUGGACAUCUUAAUGCCAGCGACAGUGAUGCAGGCGAUUUCAGCAGCAGUAACAGUAUCAAUGGACGUGAAGGUGUCGGUAGUAGCUCCAAUAUCAGUGGCAGUGGUGUACUAUCCGAUUUGGAUUACUUUGCGAAAAACUUAGGAAAAAUAAUAGCUGAUACCAUGCCGAAAUCGAUGGACCGCGAGGGUGACGAAGUCGUCUUCGGACGGGAACGGGCGUUGCAAGAGACACUGUUGGCGGACGCCAUUGAGUUCGUCCGGUCGGUCCAAAAGAAAUAUGACCUUACCCUAACCGGACCGGUGCUCGCUUGGCAAAAAUCGUCAACGCGUGCUACAGACCAUAGGAGAACCGAACAAAGCCCGAACGACGCUCUGGCCGAUGAACAUCGAGCGCCCGGAUAG